CUUCGGGUAAACACACACAAGGUGGUGUAUCACGUGACACUCAGGAUUGAUCAAGAGAUACUGCGAGACCCUUCGCUCUAUGGUCAUCAUCCAUGACAUGCCAGACCAGCUCCAGCAGCAAAAUCAAGGUUACAGAGUGGUAUAAAGGCAAGAAGUUGGUAAGAAAGACCGAAUGACAUCACCUGUUUGCAGACAUGACUCAUGAGACUGCUGGCCGUUGCUAGCCGUAGUCCGGCAGCAGCGGCAGCGGGAUCCCGCCUUCCCACUUUUGUGUUUUCCAUGCCUGCUUUUGUUGUCGAAGGAUCAACAGCAGCAGACGUGCGGUUCGAGCUGGCCAUCAGCACGGCUCCUUGGUGUCUUCUCAUGAGCUUGUCGUGCGCUUUUACGCAACUGAGUCUGCCGUUUAGCCAUGUUGCCUGCUUCGAACCCUCCAUAAGAACCUGACAGCGUGUCUCUCGGAUGAAGUACUCGUCGGAAUGUCCUUGCCAGCUGAGACUCCAAUUCUUAUCGUCGGCGCUGGGCCAUGCGGGAUGGCGGCAGCGCUUUCUUUGUACCAUCAAGGCAUUCGGGAUGUGGUGAUCGUCGACGCCAUUGAGCCUGGCGAGAAUGCCUCGCGCGCCAUGGUGAUCCACGCAGCGACUCUCGAAGCCCUGGACAAAAUCGAGUGCAUGGAUAUCAUCCUACCCCUUGGCGUGCAGCUCGGGAGCCUCGGCAUGCACGAAGGACCUUCUUAUCUGCUUACUGCCGACUUCUCGUUGCUUGCAGACAAGACCAAGUUCCCAUUUGGUCUCCUCAUCCCUCAAUCUCGCACAGAGCGCGCAAUGCUGGCCAAGUUGACAGAACUCGGGAUCCACGUCUUUCGCCCGCUCAGAGUCGCUUCGGUCAAGGAAUGUACCGACGAUUCUGGGAUGCUCGAGGUCUCAUUCGAGUCCGGGGAAGUCAUUAAGGCGAAGUACGUCAUCGGUGCAGAUGGAGCUCAAUCUGUGGUCAGACACCAUGCUGGAAUCGGAUUCAAAGACCCGCAGGGCGAUGGUCCACGCGACUUUGGGGACCUCUCGCAGAUGGCGCUGGGUGAUGUGUCCUUCUCCGCGCCUCUCCCCUCGACCGCACCUCGCAUCAUGCUCCGCAUCGCCAACUUCAAUGUCAUGCUCAUCGCCCAGUUCCCCGACGGAGCGUACCCCAACGCCACCAAACCGGUGUACCGCAUCGCCAGUGGGAUCCCUGAGCAGAUGGGUGCGGUGCCGCACUCGCCUGAUCUCGAAUACCUGCAGAAGAUGUUCGACCGCAUGGCUCCCGGGCCUCUGCAAGGCUCCCAAAUCGAAACUGUGCACUGGUCGUCGCGCUACAAGACGCGCUCUGCCAUCUCCGAUCGCCACUUCAUGCGCUUCCCUGGCGGAGGCGUCGUCCUCCUCAUCGGCGAUGCGGCGCACAUCCACAGUCCCCUUGGUGGGCAGGGCAUGAGUCUCGGCCUGCGUGACUCCAUCAGCCUGGGACCCGUGCUGAGCGCUCAUCUCGGCGCGCCGGAGAACGAUAGCGGGCUGUUGGAGUGGGCUCGAUGGAGACACGAGCGUGCGCUGGAGGUGAUCAAGUUGACGGAACACGGGAUGGGUUUGAUCAGCUCGCCCCGCAAGAUGUGGGCCCCUGUGCGAUGGGUCGUCUUCACUGUCAUUCGGAUGCUGGGCAGGCUCCGGUUUGUGAGAAGGGCGGUCGCGUUCCGGACGAGUGGCCUGGCAGAAAUCUGAUGCUUCUUUGUCGCUUCUUUACACGCUUGAAAUGAUAUGACAGAAGAGAGGGAGUGCUG